AAAACAACAUCAUCACUAUCGUCUAAGAUUCAAAAGGCGUCAUCGACGAUAACAAAAUGGCUGCUAUCAAGAAAGUCGCAGUGUUGGGUGGCUCUGGGAAUAUUGGACCUUCCAUCAUCAAAGCCCUUUUGAACUCCAACUUUGAGGUUACUGCUAUUACUCGACUUGAGUCACAAGCCACCUUUGUGGAUGGAGUCGACGUGAAAAGGGUCGAUAUAACCUCCAAGGAAGCAGUUCAAGAAGUACUACAAGGUCACGAUGCCCUGGUUUCCGCAAUCUCCUCAGCUGCCCUGGAUGACCAAAAGACGAUUGUCGACGCUGCCGUUGCUGCCAAAGUUCGACGAUUUAUUCCAUCCGAAUAUGGCGUCGACAAUCGGCGCACCGAGGAAAAAGACAUGGGUUGGAUGGUAGUCAACAAAGCCAAGCUGAAUGAAUACUUGGAUGAAGUUGCUGCGAAGCACAAGUGGUUUAGUUGGACGGGGGUCGCAUGUGGCUUCUUCUUUGACUGGGGCAUUCAAACUCAAUUCAUACUCGGAAUCAACGCUAGAGCAAAGACUGGGGUAAUCAUCGACUCUGGCAACAAGCCCUGGGCAGCUACAAACACCUACUUUGUCGGUGAAACCGUUGCUGCCAUUUUGAAAAAGCCAGAAGAAACAGCAAACAAAUUCUUGAAUGUGUUUUCUUUCAAAACAACUCAAAAUGAGGUUUUGAGAAUCUUUGAAGAAGAGUCUGGCUCUAAAUACCACGUCAGCCAUGUCAAGGGCAGUGACUUGUUGGAAGCAGCAACUGCAUGCGUCGCAAACGGGGACUACAAGCAGUCGACCGGUCCUUUUGUUCAACAUGUCUUUUUUGCCGAUGGAGUUGAGGGUCCUGUCGACCUCGAGGCGAAUGACGGCGAGCUACUGGGCAUUAAGGACAAGGCUGGGCUACGGGAUAGCAUCAAGAGAGAGCUCAGCCUACUCAACUAG